AUGAGUAUCGGUGAUGGUAUUGGUUAUGAUUGUGCUAUCGUUCCUACAAAGUUCCCUGAUAUUGUUAUGGUUACUACAACUGAUUUCUUCUUCCCAAAUGUCGAUGAUCCUUAUCUAAUGGGAAAGAUUGCUUGUGCCAAUGUAUUGUCUGAUUUAUAUUCUUUUGGUAUCGAUGAAUGCGAUAACAUGUUGAUGUUAUUGGCUGCCUCCACCGAUAUGACACCGGAGAACAGAAAUUGGAGUACUCGUGGUUUGAUUCAAGGUUUCAAUGACCAUUGUAAUCUCGCUGGUACCAAAGUAAGAGGUGGUCAGACCGUGAAGAAUCCAUGGCCUCUCAUUGGUGGUGUUGCCACCGCCAUCAUUCGUAAGGAUGAAAUGAUCAUGCCAGUCAAUGCCGUGCCAGGCGAUGUUCUCGUACUCACCAAACCACUCGGUACUCAGGUGUGUGCCAAUUUCCACCAGUGGAUUCGUCAGCCUGAGAAAUGGGCCAAGAUCGCCGAUAUUGCAACUGUCGAGGAAGCAGUGGAAACCUUCACCUAUGCCACUCAGUCGAUGGCGCGUCUCAAUCGUAUUGGUGCGCGUCUGAUGAGAAAGUACGGUGCACAUGCCGCCACCGACGUCACAGGUUUCGGAAUUGCCGGACACUCUGACAAUCUUGCAAAGAGCCAAUUGCAACCGGUCGUCUUUGAGAUUCAUACACUCCCGAUUAUCGAGCACAUGAAGAAGAUCGACGUUCACCUCAAUAACAAUUGGAAUCUUUGUCGUGGACUUUCCGCCGAGACUAGCGGUGGAUUACUCAUAGCAAUGCCAGAAGACAAAGCCAGAGAAUUCGUCAAAGAGAUCGAAGAGAUUGAGCACCAACCUGCUUGGAUCAUCGGUCGUGUAUUAGCAUCUGACAAGCCAGUCACUGAAAAUCGUUCUGUAGUCAUUGAUAACCCAACCAUCUUGGAAAUUAAACCAAAUCAGAAUUUUAACUAA